AUGUCAGAGGUUAAAGAUACCAAGGAAGCUUCUAGCACCUCUAACACUACAGAAAGUUCGACAAAUGCCAAUACUACUCCUAACAAUGAUACUAAUAAUACAACCACUUCUGCAACACCUACCACACCCACUAAUAAAAGCACUACAACACCAAGCACAGAAACGCCAGCUGCUGAGCCACCUCAAGUAACUCGUCAAAAAUACGAAGAAGCCAAACACGAACUACAAGCACUAUUAGCAAGAAAGAAGCAAGUCGAUACAAACUUGAUUAACUUGGAAAAUGCCAUCUAUCUCUUUGAAGGCUCUUACUUGGAAGAUACGCAACAAAAUGGAAAUAUCAUUCGUGGUUUCGAUGGCUAUUUGACAAAUCGACCUGACAGAAGAAAGCCAAAAUUCACUGAAUUAGACAGACUCUUUUCAUUAUCCUCAUCGACAUAUCAAAAAGCUCUUGCACAGAAGGAAGACAAGGAUCAGGACUCUAGUCAGGACGAUAGAUCAGCGUCAGGUUCAUUAACAGCUAGAAGAGAAAAGAAACGCAAACUCAAGGCACAUGAAGGGAUGAGGAAGAAGAAGAGCUCUGCAGGCAGAGAUACAGAGGAUGAGUUAGAUGUUUGA